CUCAUCCAUCUCCAUCAACCUCGAGUCUAUCUUCACUAGUAUGUCGCUGAGUCAAGAAGCGCGCGAGCGGUUGGAGCAAUCGUAUCAGGACUUGCGGGCCAGAGAAGAAGCACUAUUCAACGAACCAAAAUUGCGAGAGCAACUUAACGCUCUAAGCAAGCUAAAAGCUUACAAGGCAAAACAAUCUGUUAAGGAAAUCGCUGAUAUCUUGGACAUGUAUGGACAGCGAUGCCGCAUGCAUAUUGGCCACGAUGAACACCUGGAAUACUCGCUGCAGCCGGGCACUGAUCGCGUCUCGAAGAAACAACUCGACAAGCUCUUUCUCUCCUUCGAGGUCGCCCCAAAUACGCCCAUCCUCAACAACUCACCCUCAAGUACCAUUGUUACUUUCGUUUGCCUUGGAAAGAUGGAGUCAAGCCCUCGGGGCGAAGUCAAGAACUGGACCAAGACCAAGGCUCGGCUGUGCCUCCAGCUACUCGAUGAUGCAGGCGGAGGCUUCUGGAAACUGGAGAAAGGCGAGCAGAAAGGGCAGUUUAAAGCGACUUGUCUAGCGAAAGAUGUUAGUGAACUAUCGGAGGAUGCGUAUAUCAAUGGUGGAGCUGAGACUGAGCUGAUGCUCCGCCGCGAAUGAACGGAGGAGGAGGGUCUUGUGAUGGG